AUGCCCGGGGUCCUCCGCUUCGACCCACGCCGCGGCGAGACCACCCGCCCCAUGCUCCGCCUCGCGCUGCUCCUCGCCCUCAAUGCCGCCUACUCCGCCAUGGAGCUUGUCGUGGGCCUCCUCACGGGGCGCGUCGGCCUCGUCUUCGACACCUUCCACCUCACCUUCGGCUGCGGCCUGCUCUCCUUCUCCCUCUUCGCCAUGGCCACCUCCCGGACCAAGCCCGACUCCACAUACACCUAUGGGUACAAGAGAUUGGAGGUCCUCACUGCCUUCACCAAUGCCACGAGGGAGCAGAUUCUAAGGAUCGACGAGGCGAUCCUCAACAGGAUCGAGUGGAACCUGACGGUGCCCACGCCCUACGUCUUCCUAGCGCACUUUGCCAGGGCCGCGUCCUCCUUCUCAGAUUAG